AUGAGCCUCGGGCUGCGGCGCUCCGCAAGCUGCCCCGCGGACGAGGACCCACGGUCCGUCGCCUCCGACACGGCCGGUCAGCCCCGGGUGCCCGCCCGCGAGUUCACGCCGGAGAGGCGCCGCCGCGAGGCCUUCGUGGAGGCCGCCAUGAUGGAGCGGUACACCGCCGUGGCCACCACGCGGGCGCCAGGCGGCGCGCCCGCGGGCGCCGGCAGCCCGCCGGCACCCCGUACGCCCCGGGCGGGUGCCGCGACGGCCGCGUCGCCGGAGCAGGCGUCAUCGAAGCCGUUGUCUGCGCGGCCUUUGAAGUCCAGCAAGCAGGUGGGCAGCGUACAGGAGCGCGCCGAGCAAGCGAGGCGGCAGGCCCAGCAGCAGAAGGACGACGAGGCCCGCGCCGCCAAGGAGAAGGUCUGCAUCUUCCGGAAGCCCGCUGGCCAGGCGAUGCCCGCGAAGGCGACCACCAGGCAGGAGGCCGGCAGUCGACAGGAGCAGGACGGCGCCGACAUGCUCAGCGUCGGCAGCCGGCACAGCGUCAGGAGCACCGCCAGCGCCGGCAGCGUGGGCGUCGGCGGCGCGGGCAAGUCCGCCGACCGUUGGGAGCAGAAGUGCAAAUGGCAGAAGUGCAGCAGCGGCGGCUGCUGGGACUGCGAGUGGAGCGAGUCUGCGAAAGCCUACAACUACGAGCUGGCUCGCGUCCGGAGGGAGGUGCGCGACAGUUCGGGAAGUGAUGCGCUGCAGGAGGCUCUGCAGAAGGGACGCGACGACGCACGGCAACAAGACCAGGGCCGCAGGAUGGCGACGACGCGGGUAAAGUUGGGCCGACAGCGUGAAGCGGAGCGGCGCAAGGAGGACCCGUUCAAUUGGAAGUUGGCCCUGGAGCUGCAGAAGAACUCGAAAUGGAACAUCGCGCCCACGGGCGGCGGCAGCAACGGCAACGACGAGGAGGACGUCCCGGGCGACGACUAG